AUGCGUAAAAUUAAGCCAUACUUACUUCUUGCCAUUUCCGGCUUAGUACUUCUGUGUUAUAUAUGGUCAUCGAGUAGUGACGGAAGUUAUCCACAAAGUCAGAGAAGCUCUCGACACCAAAGUAAAGUUGUAGCAUCGCCAGAGAAGAAUUAUACAUAUGAUAGGGAAUCUCCUUAUAUUUUCAUCGGUGGUGUUCCUCGAUCCGGUACAACGCUCAUGAGAGCAAUGCUAGAUGCUCACCCAGAAGUUCGAUGUGGAGAAGAAACUCGAGUAAUUCCUAGAAUAUUGGGUUUGAGAGCACAAUGGAAGAGGAGUGAAAAGGAAUGGAAUCGUCUCAAUCUAGCUGGUGUCACGAACGAAGUUCUUUCAAAUGCAAUUAGUUCAUUUAUUAUUGAGAUUAUGGCUGGGCAUGGUGCAGCAGCUCCUCGAUUAUGCAAUAAGGACCCAUUCACGAUGAAGAGCGCUGUUUAUCUAUCGGAAAUCUUUCCGAAAGCCAAAUUUGUGCUCAUGAUCCGUGAUGGAAGAGCUACUGUACACAGUAUCAUAUCACGAAAGGUUACAAUUACCGGCUUCGACCUUUCUGAUUAUGGGCAAUGCUUGAAAAAGUGGAACGAUGCCAUUUCCAUCAUGUAUGACCAAUGCAAUCAAAUUGCUGAUAAAUGUUUCAAGAUGUACUAUGAACAGCUAGUUCUUCACCCUGAACAGGAGUUGAAAAAAUUAUUAGAAUUCUUAGAAAUCCCUUGGAAUGAUACUGUUCUCCAUCACGAGGAGUUGAUUGGGAAAGAUAUUUCUCUUUCAAAAGUAGAAAGAAGUUCUGAUCAGGUAGUGAAGCCAGUCAAUAUGGAUGCACUUAAUAAAUGGGUUGGUCAGAUACCUGCGGAUGUUGUUCGAGAUAUGGAUUCACUGGCUCCAAUGUUACGCCGAUUGGGUUACGACCCGGAAGCAAAUCCACCAAACUACGGUAAACCUGACGAAAUUGUUGCUCAGAAAACAGAAGACGUUCACAAAAACGGUCAGCUGUGGUAUCGUCGUGGAGUGGAAGUCGUGAAUGAUCCGAAUAGAGUGGAUAAGCCCAUAUAA